CCUCAAACAUCAUCUUAAACAACAUCCAACAGAAAUUAAAACAACAACAAAAUUAACCACCAAAAUUAAACGGUAAUAGCUUCUUCUUGCAUAACUCGCACCCAGCUGCGGCCCGACGGCUGCGCAGCGCCUUUUGAGGCCAAUAAAUGAUUGGCACGGAUGAAAUGUCAUCCACUGGUAUGGACAUAAGUGAAUCCUUUCGUGCGGAGGAUCUUACAAAAACGGAUUUUUUCGAUUUCGUCACAGCGCCCGACAUGGGCAUUGGCAUCGGUGUCGGCGCAGAUGUGGUCGACAUCGGAAUGGGUGUGGGCAGUCUGCAUGCGGGGAGCGCAAGUGGCGGCACACACCAGCAGCAUCACCAACAUCAUCAACAGCAGCAGCAACAACAACACACACAUCACCAGCAUCACAAUAGUCACCACCAUCAGCAGCAGCAACACGCGCAUCAUCCGCAGCAACAGCAACAACAACACAGUCAUGAGCAAAGCAAUAGUUUAGCGGGAAAUAUGCCACAUGAUGGUGGUGGCGGUAAUGGUGGUGGUGGUGGCAAUAGUGGGCGCGUGAGCACUCCUGGCAACACCGGCAGUUGCAUAGAUGGCUCAGAUGGUAACAGUAAUGGCAAUAGCAGUGAUCCAACUUUGCAGGGGUAUGAGUUCUGGCACACUGACAAGGAUCCGAACAGUCGCCUAGAUGCCACCAUUUUCGAGGAUCUCGAUCGCUAUUGUUGGCAGCAGCAGGCCGUUUCGGCCGCAGCCGCCUCCUCUGUCGCCACAACAGCAGCCACAACGCACCAGCAUCGCACAACACCCGCUAGCAGCACGCCACAUCCCUCGCACCUACACAGCCCAACGUCACCAAAUCAAACGCAACAGCCACAGCAGCAUUUACACCACCAGCCACACCAUCAACAUCUUCACUCCCAACAACAACAACAACAACAGUCAGCUGCCGCCCAUCACCAACAACGACAGAUGUCGCUCAACAACAACAACAACAGUUCCUGUGCACAAAGUGCCAAUCAACCAGCAAACAGCAAUGCGCCAAACAAUAGCGCUCUAAGCCACAGCCACAGCAAUAACAAUAACAUCAAUAGCAAUAGCAAUGGCAGUACCAGCAUGACAGUGGACAACGCCGAUGGUCAGAUUUACACAAUCACAGUAUUAAAUGGCAGUGAGCCAUGGCUAAAGCGAGAGCCAGAAAAUCCUGCUGGCCAGUUGUCCAGUACACUGGAUCUUGAUAGCCUGCUAGGCACCUUUCCGGGUUAUAUAAAAUCAGAGUAUCCUUAUGAUGACAGUGCAGGUGGUUAUGGUGCAGCGGACGGUAAUGGUAGGGAUGGCAGCGGCAGCAGUGAUAUGGUGAAUGGCUUGGGCAUGGGAGCUGCUGGUGCGGCGAGUCUUCAUGGUGGUGGCAGUGGGAGUGGUGUAAAUAGUCAGCGGUUGCCUUCACUGGUGACGGCGAUAUCGAUAGCCAGUGGCAUUGGUGGGGUGGGAGGUGUGGCGAAUCCGACGCAUUCACAGUUGGCGCAAUUUCAGAAUAACAACAAUGACUGGCAUAUGGCCGAUCAUAAUGCAGAGCAGAACUCUGCUGAGUCAUUGUUGCGAAGUGCCCUGCAAGGCAAAGGCUACUCCAAAGGGUUACACAUGCAAAAUGGUAUCUCCUUAUUACCCUCAUCGCCCACAGUGAAGGAGGAAGAAAUGAGGCGGCUGCUCUUUCCACCAGAUGCGGAAUCUCUCUCUUUCGGUGAUGCCGCACUCAGCGCAGCCCAAAUGUUUGACGAUACCCAUCCUUCGCAUUUGGUGGGCAGCCAGCAUCCGAACGGCAGUCUAGGCAUGCCAGCCGGUGCCAACACCAGCCUCAUGGUCGACGAUAUGUUCCUAUCGCUAGAAAGUGCAUUCAGCGACGACUUCGAGAAGAUCAAACGCAUCGCCAACGAAGUGCAACAAUUCUGCUCACCCACUUCCAGUGGUGAUUACGGGGGCAACGAUGUGCUGAUGCAAAUAUCGCCAGCUGCUGGCACGGGUGCAGGAAGUGCGAGCCUACAGCAAUUGCAGCAGCAACAACAACUGCAUUCGCCAGCGACAACGCCUACGGGCAUGCCGCAACAACAACUAUCACCAUUGCCACCAUCAGCUGUACCGGCGCUACACAUGCAAAACCAGCAGUCUGUCGUGCAGCAACAACAACAGCAGCAGCAGCAGCAACGUGCGCUUCAUUCACAACAACAACAACAGCAAACCGCUUCAGGCAAGUCAACGUCCGCCACGGGCAGCAGCAGCAACGCCAGCAGCAGCACUACCAAAGUGACAAAGAAGUACAAGCGCUCGACGUCGAGUACGCAACACCACAACAACAACAAUCCAAAUGUUGUCAAUCACAACAGCAACAACAAUAAUACAGGUAAUAACAACACAGGCGUUGGCAGUGGCCCCAACGCCGCCAAUGGCACAAAUGGUCCAGCGAGCGGUGGCAGCAGUUCCAGCACCAGCAGCAACAGUCCCACUCACUGUAAUGGCCAACGCAAAGAACGCUCACUACACUACUGUUCCAUCUGCUCGAAGGGUUUCAAGGACAAAUACUCGGUGAAUGUGCACAUACGCACGCACACCGGCGAGAAACCCUUCACCUGCUCACUCUGCGGCAAAAGCUUCCGCCAAAAGGCACAUCUCGCCAAGCACUACCAAACGCAUAUGGCGCAGAAGCACAACGGAGGGCUGGUGAAAGGUGGUGCCGGUAGCGGUGGUGGAGGUGGCGGUGGCAAUUCUAGCAAGCAUCAGCGUGCAGCCGCAGCAGCAGCGGCGGCGGCGGCGGCAGCAGCAGCAGCUGCAGCUCAAUCGGCGAAUAGUGGCGCUGGCGGCAACAACUUAUCGCUUGUGUCCAACAGUUGCGCCGGCAGCGUAGUAGCAGCGACUGUGCAUCAACGUCAGCUGAGUGUGGCCACAUCACUGGGAUUGGCUGGCGGUGGCGCACGUGCCGUAGCCGGCAGUGUGGUGUCUUCGGUAGCUGUGGGCGGGCCACUAAGUGGACCGUCGCUCGCCGCCGUGAAUGCCAAUGUCUUACCGCCAGCGAAUGGUUUGCUGGCGAAUAGGUAAAAUUACUUAAUCUGACAGAUGUGGUUUUUCACGCAGCAUCGCAUCGUAUGCUGCAGCUGAUUCACCAAAUUAUGUAUUGUAUUAUAACAUUUUUUAAUUGGGUUAAGUUUUUUAUAUAAAUUAAUCAUAUCUUGUUCCUAAUGCUCAAAACAAAUACUCCUAUGCACAAAAACUACUUUGGCACACAUACUCAUACAAAAGUGUGUGUGUGUGUGUUUGUGUGUACGCACUCACAUACUGCUGCUACUAGUUCCCCUUUCUUUGAACAAUUGUAUUGUACUUUAUAUCUAAAUAUACAUAUAUCCAUACGGGUCUAUCUGAAAUUAAAGGAAAAAUAAAAAUAUUUUUAUAUACACAUCAAAGUGCCUAAAUACUUUAAAACCGUCCUAUAAGCUGGUACAUGUCUUACUAUAUGACUUCUAACUCAUCGAAUUUAUCUGUGCAUUCCUAUAUACUAUUGUACAUACUUAAACACUUAAAUACUUAAUUAAUUACACACAUAAAUACUUAAGUUCUCAAUUUUUUAAAUAUUGUACUUAAACACUUAAGUACUUUAACACUUGAAUACUUGCCUAAAUACCUACCUACCUUUCUAUGAACGCAACAAUGUGAAAGUAUCGAUUCAAGAUUUUUAGCCCUUUGCAGCUGCUACUUUUGGAAUUUUUUAUCUUAAAAUAAAAGUUUUAAGAAUUGAAAGCAACUAUAAAGUUAUUGAAACCCUAAUUGCAUGCAAAUAUGUAUAAGUAUAAUCAGUAUAAGUAUAUCGAUCAAAAAUAUUAAUUUACUCACUAAAAUCAGCUUUCGGUGUCGAAUCAACACUCAACCACUCGUAUAAAUUGAAAUUUACAAUAGAAGUAUAUUAGGGUGCACCAGACUCUAAGCACUCCACAUAAAAUUAAAAGUGGUACUGUUUUUCCAUCAGGAUUUCAUUAUUAUUAUUAUUUAUUAAGUAUGAAAAGCGGCCACUUCACAAUUUUGUUAAAUUCAACUUACAGAAUAUGAAAGUAUAAAAUUUAUUAUAUUAUAUUUCAUGACUACCGCCAAACUAUUUCGUAAAAAUAUAAUCCAACGUAAAACUAUAAAACCACCGCAAGUUUUGACAAUUUAUUUACUUAUUUUUUAAUUUUUUACUUUGAAUAAUUCUUUUUUUGUGAUGUUUUAUAUUGCUCCUUUUUAUGAGAGCACCCCCUCAUACGCAGUUUUUUGGAUGAAUUAUCUGGUAUGCUUCAAAAUUUGUAAACUUUAUCUGUGAUUGUUUGGUAAAAUAAGUCCCAGAUAUUAAACAAAUGCCAAUUUGUUCAGCAUGAAGCGUAUGUUCCAAUACCCCCUCAUGUUUAAGUAAGCCGUCUGCA